UCUUUCUCUUGGUCCUCAGUCUCCGUCUCUCUUCCUCCUUCCUGUCUCCACCUGCCUCUUUGAGAAAGGCUUUUCAAAAGGCAGGGCGUGGUGGUUCACACCUGUAUUCCCAGCACUUUGGGAGGCUGAGGCGGGAGGAUGACCUGAGUUCAGGAGUUUGAGACCAGCCUGGGCAACAUGGCAAAACCCUAUCUCUACUAAAAAUACAAAAAAUAGCCAGGCGUGGUGGGUGCCUGUAAUCCCAGCUACUCGGGAGGCUGAGGCAUGAGAAUCACUUGAACCUGGGAGGCGGAGGUUACAGUGAGCGGAGAUCACACCCCUGCACCCCAGCCUGGGCGACACAGCGAGACUCUGUCUCAAAAAAACCAAAAAUGAGGCCAGGCACGGUAGCUCACACCUGUCAUCCCAGCACUUUGGGAGGCCAAGGCAGGCGGAUCACGAAGUCAGGAGUUCGAGACCAGCCUGGCCAACAUGAUGAGACCCCCCCCACCGUCUCUACUAAAAAUACAAAAUUAGCCGAGUGUGGUGGUGCACACCUGUAAUCCCAGCUACUCAGGAGGCUGAGGCAGGAGAAUCGCUUGAACCCGGGAGGCAGAGGUUGCAGUGAGCCGAGAUUGUGCUAUUGAUCGCGCCAUUGCACUCCAGCCUGGAUGACAGAGUGAGACUCAGUACCAAAAAACAAACAAACAAAAAACAAACAAAAAAUGAGAAAGGCUUUUACUCUCUGCCUCCAUUGCUGAGUCCCCAACAUCUCAGCGUCUCUGUCUUUCUGAUAUCUCCGUCUCCCCAUUUCUGUCCCUGGGGCCUCUCCGUCCCUGUCACUCUGCCCCGUGUCUCUGUUUGCCUGGUGCCUUUCUUCAGCUGCUGCGUCCUCUGUCUCAGAGUCUUGGUGUCUCUGUUUCUUUCCCCUCGGGGUCUCUCUGGAUCUCCCCAAGUCCCUCCUACUGUCUUCCUCCUGCUCUCUGAUCUCUGACUCCCAGAACCUCUCCCUCCGUCUCCAGGGCUGCCCCUCUGGUCCUCUCUGCUUCUCUGGUGUGUCUCUCUGGCUGCCUCCAUCUCUGUGGAUCUCCGUCUCCCUGUCUCUGUCUCAGUCUCUCCUUCACUCUGUGUGUGUCUGUGUGUCUCUCUCUCCUUCCCUUCCACUCCCUCUUCCUCCUGCCUCCACCUCUCCAGGCCCCUGUCCUGUCCCUCCGUCCGGCCUUUCUCUGCCUUUCCGUCCUCCUGCCUCCCCACCUCUCUCUGCUAGUCCUGGUCCAGCCGGACCCCCACCCACAGUCGGGCUCCAGCGCUUCAGCCUGAGUGUCUGCUCCGGCCCGUGGAGGUGGAGGGAGGGGACGCCAAUGACCUCACCAGCCCCUCUCCGACCACCCCCCCUUUCCCUUUUCAACUUUUCCAACUUUUCCUUCCGUGCCCUCCUCCGAGCGCGGCGGCGUGAGCCCUGCAAGGCAGCCGCUCCGUCUGAAUGGAAAAGGCAGGCAGGGAGGGUGAGUCAGGAUGUGUCAGGCCGCCCUCCCCUGCCGCCUGCCCCCCGCCCGCCCGCCCCAGCCCCCUAUAUAACCCCCCAGGCGUCCACACUCCCUCACUGCCGCGGCCCUGCUGCUCACGGGUACAUGCCUCCCCUCCCCAGGCCGCGGCCCAGCUGACCCUCGGGGCUCCCCCGGCAGCGGACAGGGAAGGGUUAAAGGCCCCCGGCUCCCUGCCCCCUGCCCUGGGGAACCCCUGGCCCUGUGGGGACAUGAACUGUGUUUGCCGCCUGGUCCUGGUCGUGCUGAGCCUGUGGCCAGAUACAGCUGUCGCCCCUGGCCCACCACCUGGCCCCCCUCGAGUUUCCCCAGACCCUCGGGCCGAGCUGGACAGCACCGUGCUCCUGACCCGCUCUCUCCUGGCGGACACGCGGCAGCUGGCUGCACAGCUGAGGGACAAAUUCCCAGCUGACGGGGACCACAACCUGGAUUCCCUGCCCACCCUGGCCAUGAGUGCGGGGGCACUGGGAGCUCUACAGCUCCCGGGUGUGCUGACAAGGCUGCGAGCGGACCUACUGUCCUACCUGCGGCACGUUCAGUGGCUGCGCCGGGCAGGUGGCUCUUCCCUGAAAACCCUGGAGCCCGAGCUGGGCACCCUGCAGGCCCGGCUGGACCGGCUGCUGCGCCGGCUGCAGCUCCUGAUGUCCCGCCUGGCCCUGCCCCAGCCACCCCCAGAUCCGCCGGCGCCCCCGCUGGCGCCCCCCUCCUCAGCCUGGGGGGGCAUCAGGGCCGCCCACGCCAUCCUGGGGGGGCUGCACCUGACACUUGACUGGGCCGUGAGGGGACUGCUGCUGCUGAAGACUCGGCUGUGACCCGGGGCCCAAAGCCACCACCGUCCUUCCAAAGCCAGAUCUUAUUUAUUUAUUUAUUUCGGUACUGGGGGCGAAACAGCCAGGUGAUCCCCCCGCCAUUAUCUCCCCCUAGUUAGAGACAGUCCUUCCGUGAGGCCUGGGGGGCAUCUGUGCCUUAUUUAUACUUAUUUAUUUCAGGAGCAGGGGUGGGAGAGAGGUGGACUCCUGGGUCCCCGAGGAGGAGGGGACUGGGGUCCCGGAUUCUUGGGUCUCCAAGAAGUCUGUCCACAGACUUCUGCCCUGGCUCCUCCCCCUCUAGGCCUGGGCAGGAAUAUAUAUUAUUUAUUUAAGCAAUUACUUUUCAUGUUGGGGUGGGGAGGGAGGGGAAAGGGAAGCCUGGGUUUUUGUACAAAAAUGUGAGAAACCUUUGUGAGACAGAGAACAGGGAAUUAAACGUGUCAUACAUAUCCACUUGAGGGCGAUUUGUCUGAGAGCUGGGGCUGGAUGCUCGGGUAACUGGGGCAGGGCAGGUGGAGGGGAGACCUCCAUUCGGGUGGAGGUCCCGAGUGGGUGGGGCAGCGACUGGGAGAUGGGUCGGUCACCCAGACAGCUCUGUGGAGGCAGGGUCUGAGCCUCGUCUGGGGCCCUCACGGUCACCCAGACAGCUCUGUGGAGGCAGGGUCUGAGCCUUGCCUGGGGCCCCGCACUGCAUAGGGCUGUUUGUUUGUUUUUUGAGAUGGAGUCUCACUCUGUUGCCUAGGCUGGAGUGCAGUGCAGCAAUCUAAGCUCACUGCAACCUCCACCUCCCGGGUUCAAGCAAUUCUCCUGCCUCAGCCUCCCGAUUAGCUGGGAUCACAGGUGUGCACCACCACGCCCAGCUAAUUAUUUAUUUCUUUUGUAUUUUUAGUAGAGACAGGGUUUCAUCAUGUUGACCAGGCCGGUUUCAAACUCCUGACCUCAGGUGAUCCUCCUGCCUCGGCCUCCCAAAGUGUUGGGAUUACAGGUGCGAACCACCACACCUGACCCAUAGGUCUUCAAUAAAUAUUUAAUGGAAGGUUCCAGAAGUCACCCUGUGAUUAACGGUACCCGUGUGGGACAAAGCUGCAAGGUCAAGAUGCUUCAUUAUGGCUGUAUUCACCAUAGCAAACUGGAAACAAUCUAGCUAUCCAACAGUGAGGGUUAAGCAACAUGGCACAUCUGUGGAUGGAAUGCCACGCAGCCGCGCAGAGCAGGGACUAUCAUUCAGGGAGGCUAAGGAGAGGGGCUUGCUUUGGAUAUAGAAAGACAUCCUGACAUUGGCCAGGCAUGGUGGCUCACGCCUGUAAUCCUAGCACUUUGGGAGGACGAAGCGAGUGGAUCACUGAAGUCCAAGAGUUCAAGACCAGCCUGGGAGACGUGGCAAAACCCUGUCUCAAAAAAGAAAGAACGAUGUCCUGACAUGAAACAGCAGGCUACAAAACCACUGCAUGCUGUGAUCCCAAUUUUGUGUUUUUCUUUCUAUAUAUGGAUUAAAAAAAAAAAAGAAUCCCAAAGGGAAACACGCCAAAAUGUUGACAAUGACUGUCUCCAGGUCAAAGGAGAGAGGUGGGAUUGUGGGUAACUUUUAGUGUUUAUGAUUGUCUGUAUUUUACAGAAUUUCUGCCAUGACUGUGUAUUUUGCA